GUGGAAGCUCCUUUUUUUCCUGCUCUCUAGCUAGUGUGUUUCAAUCUUUGGCGAGCGGAAGCUUUUUUUGUUAAUGGCAGCCAAAACAUCGGAAUCCUUGAACCAUGUUGUCCCAUUAAACAGGACACCAUUAAUAGUAAUGGCGGGUUAAAAAUUAAUGGAGCUUGGAGUGAUAUUUGUCAUAGGAUUCAGUCAUAGGACUUAUCAGUCAAGAUGUUUGAGAUUUUUAACGAUCUUAAGGACUUUAUCAAAACCGAUGCUAUCAAAAACGACAACAAUAUCUUUAAGCUUCACUACAGGUUCACGGUUUUGAUUCUGGUGUCGUUUAGUAUUCUUGUCAGCUGUCGCCAAUACCUUGGAGAUCCUAUCGACUGCAUCCAGAAUGAUGAUAUUCCAGAGAAUGUCUUAGAAACUUACUGCUGGGUUCAUUCCACUUUUACUUUGCCAGAUGCUUAUACCAAAAAGGUGGGAAUAGAGGUACCCCAUCCUGGAAUAGAUAAGUACACUCCAGGCGAAAAUAGGAAAUACCAUGCUUACUAUCAGUGGGUGUGCUUUGUUCUUUUUCUGCAGUCCAUAUUGUUCUAUUUACCACGUUACGUCUGGAAAUUCAUCGAUAGUGGCAAAAUCAAAACUUUGGUUAUGGGCCUCAACUGCUGCGUCCUCAAACCAGAAGACAGAUCCUCUUGCAGAAUUCUUCUUGUGGAAUAUCUCAAGACCCAUAUCGACAGCCAUAACGAUUACCUAAUAAAAUUCACUCUUUUGGAAAUAUACAACUUGCUAAAUGUCAUCGGUCAAAUUUACUUAAUGGAUGCUUUAUUUGGUUACCAGUUUACUACGUAUGGAAUAGAUGUCAUCAGGUUUAGCGGAAUGGAUCAAGAGAAUCGAGUUGACCCCAUGAUCCAAGUGUUUCCAAGAAUGACAAAGUGUACAUUUCACCGUUUUGGAUCAUCUGGAGAUAUACAGAGACACGACGCCUUGUGCAUUCUGCCCAUCAAUAUUUUAAAUGAAAAGAUCUACGUUUUCAUGUGGUUUUGGUUUGUGAUGCUGGCUGCUUUAUCUGUGGCCAUUUUGAUAUUUAGAUUUAUUACGAUUGCUUGGCCUGCUGCACGUUCUUAUUUGCUUGUGAAUAAUUGCGGAUUGGACAAAAAAGAUUGGCAUGUUGUGAAGAAGCACAUCAAAGUUGGAGAUUGGUAUAUUCUUUACUUGCUAAGCAAAAAUAUUGAUUAUGUUUUCUUCAAUGAGAUAAUUCACGAUUUAGCUGUAGAACUGAAAGAAGAAGUGAAGGCAGAAGAAGCUAAACGUAAAUCAAGUUACCUCGAAGCUCUAUCGUUAGAACCAGAAUGGGAUCCAUAUGAUGUUUUUGUGAAUUUGACCUCUACAGAAUUCCAAGAAUUGUAUGCAUCUGAUGAGGAUGAUAUCUGAAAUUUUUUUAAAAAUUGUUAUUGUUGAUAAAAAAAUAUCAAUAAUAUGGAACAAACUGAAAAUCAAACAUAAAUCGAACUGAACUCGAACGUAAAGCAAAAUGAACUCAAAUUCGAAUUCUUAACGGAUGAAAAAGCUGCUUAGCUUUUCUCUUGAAUGCAUAUAAUGAACUGAUUGACUAGUGUGCGAUAGCAAUGAGAAAAAAGUGUUUGGUUUAAGAAUUCGGCUAAUUUUUUUUUAAUUCUAAAGGACCCAAUGAUAACAGCAUAUGUUUAUGCUAAUCAUAUAUCAAACAAAAUAAAUAUACAUAUUUCAUUUUAAUAUCCAAUGAAGAUGAACUCUUGGGUAAAUUUUGUUGUGAAAAUCAUUUCUAUUAUUUUCUUUUUUCACUUCUGCUUGAGUUUUCUGUCCGUUGCUCAAGUUUUG